CUCAUUCAGAGGUAUCUAGUUAAUCCAAUUUUCAUGUUUAUCACAUUCAUUGUGUCCCUUAUUAUUGUACCGUGCAAUAAUGCAAUAAAAAUUGUCACUGUUUGGUAUUUGACCACAGCAGUGCAAUAUGCACAAUCUCUAUUAUUCACUAAUCUAGGUUCCUGCAAACUAUUAAGUUGAUGAUACUUAAAACCAAACUCAGCUUUGUAGCAAAAAUCAGAGUUUCUUAAUACUUGUCAGGGAAACAUGCAACUUCUCAACUUCUUUGGCUUCUUACUUGUUACAAUUUGUUGCUUCCAGUUGCUGAGAAUAUCCGAAUCAAAAUUGCCAAAAGAAGAAGUUGAAGCUCUCAAAGAAAUUACCAGUACAAUGGGGGCGGUCUAUUGGGAGUUUGAUAAUGAUUCCUGUGACAUUAUAAGGGUUGGACUAACGGGAGAACCUCCUGACGAAUCGGAGAGAAGCAUUGUUUGUGACUGCAGUUUUGAAAAUAGUACUGUCUGUCAUGUUACUAAGAUAACCCUCAAGCGCCUUAGUCUACCUGGUGCACUCCCACCUCAACUGGUCAAGCUACCUUUUCUUCAAGAUAUAGAUUUUGCAUACAAUUGUUUAAAUGGCACAAUUCCAAAGGAAUGGGCUUCAAUGAAUUUAACUUCCAUCUCUCUUCUUGUGAAUCGCUUGUCAGGGGAAAUUCCAAAGCAUCUAGGAAAUAUUACUACUCUCACAUACCUGAUGCUGGAAGCAAACAAUUUUUCUGGAGUUGUUCCACCUGAACUUGGGAAGCUGAUCAACUUGCACACCUUGGUACUGUCAUCAAAUCAGUUGACCGGGAACUUACCAUCGGCACUUGCUGGGCUGCAAAAUUUAACAGACUUUAGGAUAAGUAGUAACAACUUUACAGGAACCAUACCUGAUUUCAUAAAGAACUGGAAAUUUCUCCAAAGACUAGAAAUGCAUGGAAGUGGACUAGAAGGACCGAUUCCAUCAAGUAUAUCUCUAUUGAAGAACUUACUUCAGUUAAGAAUCAGUGAUAUAAAAAGUCCUAGCCAGGUUUUUCCUUCACUGCAGAGCAUGACAGCACUAACUACAUUGGUUUUAAGGAACUGUAACCUGUCUGGGGAGAUACCUUCAUACAUAUGGACCUUGACAAAUCUAGCAACUUUGGAUGUCAGUUUUAACAAGCUAGUUGGGAAAAUUCCCGAAGUCAUUAAUGUAAAGCGUAUGAGAUACAUCUACCUAACAGGUAACAUGCUCAGUGGAAAUGUACCAAAGUCAAUACUGAAGGAUGGAAGUAGCAUUGAUCUCUCUUACAACAACUUUACUUGGCAAGGGCCUGAGCAACCUGCUUGUCAGGAAGACAUUAGGAACUUAAAUGUGAAUUUGUUCAGAAGCUCAAUGAUGAAGAAUAAGUUAGAAGAAUAUGUGCCUUGCAAAAGUAACUUCAAUUGUCCACGAUAUUCAAGUUGCUUACAUGUCAAUUGUGGUGGAAAGGAUAUACAAGUAAAAGAUAAUACAGGAAACACCCUCUAUUUCGGAGAUGGAGAAGUUGCAGGUGGUACUGCAACAUAUUUCUAUAGCUCCAGUGAUCAAUGGGGAUUUAGUAGCACUGGGGACUUUCUGGAUGAUUUCGAAGCUCAGAACAUUCGUUACACUGUAUCUCUAUCAUCUUCAAAUAUGUCUGAAUUGUACACAACAGCACGCAUAUCUCCAAUUUCACUCACUUACUUCCAUAAUUGCAUGGAAAAUGGGAACUACACUGUGAAUCUUCACUUUGCUGAAAUACAGUUUUCAAAUGAUAACACAUAUAAAAGCCUUGGGAAGCGUAUAUUUGAUAUCUAUGUUCAGGAAAAAUUGAUUAGAAACGAUUUUGAUAUAGAAAAUGAGACACAUGCUGCUGUAAAACCAUUGGUAGUGCCUAUAUACAAUGUCAGCAUCACAAAUAAUGUUUUGGAGAUUAGAUUCUACUGGGCUGGGAAAGGAACAACUCGAAUACCUGAUUAUGGAGUUUAUGGUCUCCUUGUAUCAGCAUUGUCUGUUGUUUCUGACUCUAGAACUUGCUCAAACGAUGGAAAGAAGGUUCCUGUUUCUGUAAUAAUUGCAAGUGUAGCUGGGGCUCUAUGCUUCAUUCUUCUUUUGUUUGGAUUCAUUUGGUGGAAAGGCUUUUUCAGAAGAAAAUUGCGACGGAAAGGUACAAAAGGUGGAGAUAUUCAGUCAGGAACUUUUAGCUUAGAGCAGCUGAGAGUAGCCACUGAUGACUUUUCUUCUGUUAACAAGAUUGGAGAAGGCGGUUUUGGUCCUGUAUACAAGGGUCAACUGCCUGAUGGUACUGUUAUAGCAGUUAAGCAACUAUCAUCAAAGUCAAGGCAAGGAAAUCGCGAAUUCUUAAAUGAAAUAGGCUUGAUAUCUUGUUUGCAACAUCCCAACCUUGUAAAGCUUUAUGGAUACUGCACAGAAGGGGAACAACUUCUAUUAGUAUAUGAGUACCUGGAAAAUAAUAGUCUUUCCCGUGCUUUAUUUGGUAGUGAAACCAAUCAUCUUAAGAUAGACUGGCCAACAAGGUUUAGGAUCUGCAUUGGCAUAGCAAAGGGUCUGGCAUUUCUCCAUGAAGAAUCAAGAUUCAAGAUAGUUCACAGAGAUAUCAAGGCUUCUAAUGUGUUACUUGAUGGUGAACUAAAUCCUAAGAUAUCUGACUUUGGAUUGGCUAAGCUUCAUGAAGAUGAGAAGACACAUAUAAGUACUCGAGUUGCCGGCACUAUUGGAUAUAUGGCACCAGAAUAUGCACUAUGGGGCUAUCUUACAUACAAAGCUGAUGUUUACAGCUUUGGAGUUGUGGCCUUAGAAAUUGUUAGCGGAAAAAGCAACAACAAUUAUUUACCAGAUGAUGAAAGCGUUUGCCUUUUGGAUUGGGCAUGCCAACUGCACAAAAAACAGAACUUAGUUAAACUGAUUGAUGAAAGCUUGGGGCCAGAGGACAUUAUAACAGAAGCAGAAAUGGUGGUAAAAGUAUCACUACUAUGCACAAAUGCAUCACCAUCACUCAGACCUACAAUGUCUGAGGUUGUGAAUAUGCUUGAAGGUCAUGCAGCUAUUCCGGAUAUAGUUCCAGAUCCAAGUUCCUGCAAUGAGGAUUUGAGGUUUAAAGCUUUAAGAGACUUCCAUCAACAUAAAUCAAAACUGGGUUUCAGUGUAAACCAGACCCCAAAUUCAGCAACACCACAUACAUUCAGCUCAAUAUCCGGUGAUAAUAAUUACACAAGUUCUAUUGAGGAAUUAGCUCAUUCUGAGAUUUCCCCUUUAUCAAGUUAA